AUGACAUCAGCAACCCAGUUCAACAACGUGCAGGCGGAUCGUACCGAUCUGCACUCGCCGUCAGUCAACGACACCGACACCCAGACUGAAGGCAACGAACCUCAUCCCGAGAAGCGUGACGUCGAAGCAGCGCCAGGGUCCAAGCCCAGCCCAGGCGGUUGGGGUAGCGAUGCGCCGGAUGGCGGCACCUGGGCCUGGCUCUGCGUCUUGGGUGCAUUCUGCACCUCGAUCUGCAGUUUCGGCUGGCUGAACACAGGCGUUGGCGUCUUUCAGCAGUACUACGAAGCCGGCCCCCUCCGCAACUAUUCCUCAAGCAACAUCGCCUGGAUCCCUUCCCUGCAAAUCUUCUUCAUGAUGGCCAUGGGCCCGAUUGUCGGCAAGUCGUACGACAGGUACGGCCCGCGAUACAUCGUCCUCAUCGGCACAUUCCUGCACGUCUUUGGGCUGAUGAUGGCAUCCAUCUCCAAAGAGUACUACCAGUUCAUGCUGUCUCAGGGGGUGUGCAGCGCCAUCGGUGUGGCGGCCAUCUUCCAGCCCGGCAUCAACUGCAUCAACACCUGGUUCAACCGCAAGAGAGGUGCGGCCUUCGGCAUGGUCGCGGCCGGUUCAUCACUCGGCGGCGUCAUCUUUCCGAUCAUGCUGAGUCGUAUGAUCGAGCAGAUCGGCUAUGGAUGGGCCAUGCGGGUGUGCGCCUUCCUUAUUCUCGGCCUUCUCAUCGUUGCCAACCUCACCAUCACUUCGCGCCUACCGCCCCAUCCCACUCAGCUUACCAGUGAGCAAAUGAUGCAGCCGUUCCGCGAGAGAGGUUUCCUCUUCCUGAUGGGGGGGAUGUUCUUCCUCACCUUUGGCAUCUUUAUCCCCGUCACUUAUAUCCAGGUUGAGGCCUUCCAAGACGGCAUGGACCCCAAUCUUGUCCAGUACCUUGUCGCCAUCUUGAAUGCUGGAAGUCUCUUUGGCCGGCUCCUGUCAGGUUGGGCCUCGGACAAGAUCGGCAAGUACAACACUUUCCUCAUGGCCUGUACGGCCACUGGAAUCUUCAUUCUCGCCCUCUGGAUCCCCGGCCGCAGCUCGGCGACCACCGUUGCUUUCGCCGCCGUAUUUGGCUUCACGUCAGGCGCCUACGUCUCCUUGAUCGGCGCCCUCGUGGCCGCCAUUUCUCCCCUCCGCGAGAUCGGUUUCCGGACCGGACUUGUCUUCUUGGUCAACUCUCUCCCUGGCCUCACCACCAGCCCCAUCGCCGGUGCCAUCCUCGACAACACGGGCAGCUGGGUUGGCCUCAAGGUCUUUGCUGGCGUGCUCUGCCUCACGGGUACGACCUUUAUCUUGAUGACCAGGAUCACACAUGCUGGACUCAACCCCACUGUGAUCUUCUGA